CUCAUUAUCGUCAGUCACGAGCGAUCCUCCUACGAAGAAACAAUAAACAGAAUUGUCAUGAAAAAAGAUAUGAAUCGUAUAGAAGACUUAUUCGUUCUCUAUGAACGAAUUUUCGCGAUAGGCGGUGUAUGGCCGUUGAAAAAUUCCUCGUACGUCAGAUUUAUGAUUUACUUCACUUAUUAUAUCACGUUUCUUGUAUUCUCGUAUGCCGAUUUAUUCGACAUCAUUGGUAAUCUAGAAUUAAUGGUAAUGAAUAUGGUCGAAACCAUCGUUUAUACGAUAACAUUUACAAUGAUACUCGUGAUACGUUUUAAUGGAUCAUUGAAAGGCAUUGUUGAAAAUGCGAAAGAAAAUAUUUGGAAAUAUAAUUUUGAAAACGAAGAGGAAAAAAUUAUUUACAACAAUUAUCAUUACGUAUCGAAAAUGUUCUUUAAAAUUUCGAACAUUGGUAUGAUUAUAACCGUAACAUUAUCAUACAUCAGACCUUUGAUAAAUUUUGCAACUGUCGCAGCCAAGGACAACAGUACAGAUAUUUAUAUUUUACCUAUUCGAAUACGUACCUUCUUUGAAUUAUCGAAUACUCGCGAUUACGUGCUCGUCUAUCUCUAUCUCUUUCCAAUGAUCUAUAUGUCAACGUGUCACAUGACAGCUAUAUGCGUCCUCGUCAAUCUCGUCUUUUUAAUUUGUACCGAUUUGUCCAUUUUGUCAUAUCGCAUACGAAAUAUCGAUGUCAAAUCGAAAAAGGACGUCGUCAAUCGUAGAAUUCGUUCGCUCGUUAAAAUGCAUCUGAAAAUAAUCUGGAUGGCUGAAUCAUUGGACAAUGCCUUCAACAUCGUACUAUUAGAUGAGUUAUUAGGUAACAGUAUUGUAUUGGCAAUCUCUAUAUAUUAUGUUCUAAUGAGUUAUGAUACAGCAGAAAUGGCGACUUGUUGUACAUUCGUCUUCUUUGCCUUCACUGCCCUUUUAAUGCUUUAUGGAUUCUGUACUAUCGGUGAUCAAUUGAUCCAACAGAGUGAAAAUGUCCUGAACGCGUACUACGAAUGCAAUUGGCAAGAUAUGUCUAAUAGUACAAAAAGAUCGCUUUUGAUAUGCAUGAUAAGAUCGCAGAAAUAUUUUAAUUUAACUGGUGGCAAAUUUUACGUAUUUUCAUUGAACGGUUUCACUGACGUUCUAAAGACAUCGAUGGCGUAUUUAUCAAUGCUACGUACAAUUAUAUAA